ACCAGAGGCGGACUGACCAUUUGGAAACUCGGGCACUGCCUUAGGGCCCGGGAUCAGUAGGGGGCCCCAUGAGAUGUCCCUGGUACCCUUUUCAUAGGCUUUUUUUUUUUGAAAUUUGGGCAAGGACACAAGGGCCCCAUGAUCCCCUAUUGCCCGGGGGCCCCAUGAGUUGUCAGUCCGCCCCUGAUUCCAGGGUAUGUAAACUGUAUGCAAUUUUUUUGAUCAUGGCCAUUUGGGUGAUUUCUGUUAUCAUUAUAUUUAAAAAGGAG